AUGGGUGACUUUGUGCAGAAUGAGACAGUCUUCUACUCCAAGGCUGAAAACUACUGGAGAGAAGUGGCGCCCACCGUGGAUGGCAUGCUAGGAGGCUACGGCAAGAUCUCCAACAUUGACAUUGACGGCUCUAAGAAGUUCCUGCAGAAAUUCCUUGGCGUAAGAAACAUUUUCCAAAGUUUUCUGUAGAAACACACUUAAAGCACGUUAGACUAUUUAUUUGCACGCAUACUUUGUUUGCACACUUAGUGAAGCAUAAUGUUGUCGUUUUUUAAAAUAGUUAUGGGCUAAGUGUAGAGCAUUGGGGGACCGACCCCCUGUGCAGUUAUCUGUUAGACAAGUUACCUUGAAACUGAUGCUUACAUGUCAAGAAACUCUACCCACUCUAACCCCUCCCUCUUGGCACUAAAAGAAGGGCGAAGGGAAGACUGGUAAUGGCUGCGCCCUGGACUGUGGUGCCGGAAUAGGGCGCAUCACCAAGCGACUGCUGCUGCCCCUCUUCAACACUGUGGACUUGGUGGACGUGACUCAGGAGUUCCUGGACCAGGCUAAGGUCUACCUGGGCGAGGAGAGCAAACGGGUGGAGAACUACUUCUGCCUCGGCCUGCAGGACUUCAUCCCGCAGGACGGACGCUAUGACGUCAUCUGGAUCCAGUGGGUCAUUGGUGAGUCCUCUCAACUCACAAUUCUAAAAAAUGUCGGAGUUAACUGGCAUACUGUCAUUGACAGCUCUAUGCCUAACUUGUGAGUGCUUAAUCCUAGAGACUUAAUUAUUUUGAUUAGCUUUGUAACAGUUUCUGUAUUUAUUUUACGCAGGCAUGUUGCAAUUCAGCUUUUAGCUGCAAAUGUGUACAACAUUAUCCAAUAAAACCAAACUGUUACAACAUUAUCCAAUAAAACCAAACUGUUACAACAUUAUCCAAUAAAACCAAACUGUUACAACAUUAUCCAAUAAAACCAAACUGUUACAACAUUAUCCAAUAAAACCAAACUGUUACAACAUUAUCCAAUAAAACCAAACUGUUAAGCUAUAGCUAGCCACCCUUCCUUCCCUCACCUCAGGCCACCUGACUGACGACCACCUGGUGGAGUUCCUGCGCCGUUGCCGUGGCGGCCUGCGCCCAGAGGGCCUGAUUGUCAUCAAGGACAACGUGGCCUACGAGGGCGUGAUCCCCGACGACGUCGACAGCAGCGUGUGCCGGGAACUGGCUCUGGUGAAGAGCCUGGUGGCCCGGGCAGGCCUCACUAUCGUCUGUGAAGAGCAACAGAUGAACUUUCCUGACGAGAUCUACCAGGUCCACCAGCUGGCCCUCAGAUAG